AUGGGCUGGUGGUGGAUCGCGGCGGCGGCGGCGGCGGCGCUGGCGUACGUGGCGGCCAAGCUGAUGGAGGUGCUGUGGUGGCGGCCGCGGCGCGUGGAGGAGCACUUCGCGCGGCAGGGGAUCAGGGGCCCGCCCUACCGCUUCUUCAUCGGGUGCGUCCGGGAGAUGGUGGCGCUCAUGGUGGCCGCCUCCGCCAAGCCAAUGCCGCCACCCUACCGCUCCCACAACGUCCUCCCCCGCGUCCUCGCCUUCUACCACCACUGGAAGAAAAUCUACGCGUCUUCUCCCGCUGCGCUGCCUGGUCUGGUGGAUGCUGAUGUGGCGGAACAUGGCCUCCCUCGUCAAUCAUUGAUCCCCUUGUUUGCUUGCCUGCUUGUCGCUCACGGCCACUUAAUUUUGCUGCUGCUGCUCACAGGCUCCACGUUCCUCAUAUGGUUCGGCCCGACGCCGCGGCUCGCCGUCGCCGACCCCGACCUCAUCCGGGAGAUCCUCCUCUCGCGCGCCGAGCACUUCGACCGCUACGAGUCGCACCCCAUGGUGCGGCAGCUCGAGGGGGAGGGGCUCGUCAGCCUGCGCGGCGAGAAGUGGGCGCACCACCGCAGGGUGCUCGCGCCCACCUUCCACAUGGAGAACCUCAAGAUGCUGCUGCCGUUCAUCGGGAAGACGGUGGUGGACAUGGCGGAGAAGUGGGUCACCAUGGCCGACCCCGCGUCCGGCGAGGUCGAGAUCGACGUGUCCGAGUGGUUCCAGAUCGUGACAGAGGACGCCAUCACGCGCACGGCCUUCGGCCGGAGCUACGAGGACGGCAAGGCAGUCUUCAAGCUGCAGACGCAGCUCAUGGCCUUCGCCUCCGAGGCAUUCCGCAAGGUCUUCAUCCCUGGAUACAGGUUCUUGCCGACCAAGAAGAACACGAGCUCGUGGAAACUGGACAAGGAGAUCAGGAAGAACCUGGUGACGCUCAUCGGCCGGCGGCAGGAGGCUACCGACGACGAGAGGCUCCAAGGGUGCGCCAAGGACCUCCUCGGCCUCAUGAUCAACGCCAGCAGCAACGGCGGCAGGAGAGGGCAGCCGGUCAGCCCCAUCACCGUGAACGACAUCGUGGAGGAGUGCAAGACGUUCUUCUUCGCCGGCAAGCAGACGACGUCCAACCUCCUGACAUGGACCACCGUGGUGCUCGCCAUGCACCCGGAGUGGCAGGAGCGUGCCCGGCAUGAGGUCCUCGAAGUCUGCGGCGCGCACGACAUCCCCUGCCGCGAGCAGCUCGCCAAGCUCAAGACUGUAAGCAUGAUCCUGAACGAGACGCUGCGGCUGUACCCUCCGGCGGUGGCGACGGUGCGGCGGGCCAAGUCCGACGUGGUGCUCGGCGGCUAUCACAUCCCACGCGACACAGAGCUGCUGAUCCCCAUCAUGGCCGUGCACCACGACGCGCGGCUGUGGGGGCCGGACGCGACCCAGUUCAACCCGGCGCGGUUCGCGGACGGCGUGGCGCGGGCGGCCAAGCACCCGACGGCCUUCAUACCCUUCGGGCUGGGCGCGCGGAUGUGCAUCGGCCAGAACCUGGCGCUCCUGGAGGCCAAGCUCACGGUGGCCAUCAUCCUCCAGCGGUUCGAGUUCCGGCUGUCGCCCAAGUACGUCCACGCGCCGACGGUCCUGAUGCUCCUCCACCCGCAGUACGGCGCGCCCGUGAUCUUCCGAUCCCGCCCAUCAUCCCAGACGCCAGAUCAUCGCCUGUGA